UUUUUUGCUAAAGAAAAUGAAAUUCGAGAUUACCGUUCUAUAUUAGAUAUUCCUUCUGAAAUUUUUGUGUUAUUUUUGAAGUCAUCCAAUUCACCUGAAUUGUCUCUUUUAGCAGGCUUCAAAUAUUACUUAAAAUUCUUGGCUUUGCCAAUAAAACAGUAUUCCAGGA